AUGGCAAACAAAUCAUGCGUGACGUGGAUAAACUUCUCCGAGCAUAUGAUGCAUGUUUACGAGGAAAUGCUCAAUUCGCACCAGUACAACGAUUGUCGAUUGAUCGUGUCCGACGGUGAGCUGCAUGCAAACCGGACCAUCCUCUGCAUGGCUUCACCAUUCUUCGAGCUCAUCUUUGCCCGCACCGUACAUAUGGCUGCGGACUGCCACACGGUGCUGAUUCCGGACGUGAAGCUGUCGCCUUUACGGUUCGUUUUGCAGUUCAUCCAUACCGGAUCAGUUAAUUUACUGCCGUACGAUGUGGCACCGUUUGUGGACCUUUGCAGCUUACUUCAGAUACGUGGCGUACAGUAUGCUCAAGAUCGUGUCGUGGGAAUUAAUUUCGGAACCGCUGCCUGCUGUUCCGUGCGGGAAGAUUCGAUCGCUAACGCUGCACAAGACUGUAGACAGGAGCAAGGACAACAACAGUACGCUGCGAUACAGGACAUGAACGGGAGGCAUGAUAAUUGGUCGACCGAGUAUGGGAUUGAAAAUGACGAUAGUAAUGAACCGGAACCGGAACUCGCACAGCACGUACCACCGGAAGGGAUUUACUCGCUGGAAUAUGGUGGUACCGAUUGCAGUUUAAAAGCGGAAAACCGACCGAAUGCGGAUCCACCGCCGGACGAACAGCCAGCCGACCCAUCCAGCUACGAAACCCGCCUCAGUGCAGCUAUCGAUGCAGUAUUAACUCAAGGUAUAAGCUACCGUCUAGCAUCCAAACGGUACAACAUCGCUAAAACGGUACUGUGGCGAAAAACGAUGAAAAUGCCCCGACCGAUCCGAUCGAGCUCGCCGAAACUUGGCAACCAGCGCCGGGAGGCGAUCGAUGCGCUGAAAACGGGCGAAAAGUUAGUUUACGUUAGUCAACGGUUCGAUAUUCCCCUAUCGACGCUGCACCGGGACAAGAUACGGCUGUACAACAAGGGAAUAUUGCCAGGCAAGGUAACGCUGGCACAGCGCGAUAAGGGUGAAUCGUUUCGUCAACGGUUAACGGAAUCGGUAAACGAAUGCAUUGCUGGACGUAUGUCGCUUUCGGAGGCGGCACGCGUCUACAAACUACCGAAGACGACUAUAUGGCGAAGAGUUCGUAUAUCGCAAGCAAACAACAGUUGUCUGGAAGCGAAAGAAGUGGAGCGAAACCUAGCGAAGGAACAUUCCGUAGAAAGCUGCAUGGUAGGAAGUGUGGACCUUUCGAUAGAAGGUCGGCAAAGUGAAUCGUUGCGUGUCGGAGAAGAAUUCGUGUCCGAUCAGAAUAUUCAGGAUAUUACUGGCAUAGAACUAGUUGAUGAUUCAACUAUUCUCUAG